AUGGUUACAACAACGCCCAACGGGACAGCAACGUUCAGUUUUACAGGCGUUGCUAUCUACUUUUUAGCGCCUCUUUGGCCGUACGAACGCUCUUCCGGCCUAAUGCUUGAUGCAGGGCCUAUUGUUCGUUUCGACCUCACCGACCAUUCUCAUGUCAAUGUCACGGGAACACCAGGAGGACCAGCCACGGUAAAAUCGGAGGUCAUCGCGUCAGUUGUUGGUUUGGGAAACACGCUUCACACCGUUCAGGUAUUGGUCGCGGAGGGCCAAUCCUCUUCCGUAUUUGACAGGUUCAUGUACACUAUUUUAGAACCAGAAGAUCUUCCGCCGGUCGUAACGUCGCCUAACCCUCCCCAUUUUUCCACUCCGAACCUCAUCGUCACCUCAUCGGGCUCCACCACCACAACCGCCUCUCCCAUACGCACCUCCACCCCAUCAUCGGCCUCUCUAUCGAAGACUCGGCGAAUAUCAGGUGCUUUGAACACUGCCCUGAUCGUUACCUGCGUCGUUGUCUUCCUCUUCAUCUGCGGUGUCGCCUGGCUCCUCGUCUUCUCAGAGAAUGGCAUCCAUACGUGCUACCGCCGACGCCGGGGUCUCUCCUCACCAAACGAACUCGAGAUAGCUUCGGGCGGAAGUACGCCUUCGAUCAUUGAGGAGCACAAAGGAUUCUAUUUAUCCGCCACGCCGCAUAGUUCUGCAUUGUAUCCUCCGCAUACGAUGGUGAGGAGUAUUCCCUGGGUUUCGCCGCCGAUGUACCCUCCAUCGCCAACGGGCGAGGACGGGAGGAGUCGGAGAUGGAGCAUGAGCAUGCAGUUGCCGUCUUCGCCUGCCCUACAGGAGGUCGAAUUGCAGGCGAAGCCUGAAGAUCGGAUAGAUGCUCAUAGCGGAGCGAUUGAUGCGACGCCGCGAAGAUGA